UCGGGCCGGACCCUCGUAGGUGUCGGUGACUGUGGGAAGUGGGGAAAAGCUGCUGACGUCGCCCCCGCCGGCGCCCAGGCAGGGACCUCCUGCCCCUGGAAGGGAAGCUCAGGCCCUUCGCCACCCACUGAGGGCACGAGAGUGGGGCUUACUCUGUUAACUCAUGACUCCGUUGCACCAUCUUGCCUGCCCAAACCGGAGCAGAAGGAGGGUCCCCUGAGUGAACCCUUCCAUGGUGAAGAAGAGAAGCCAGGCCUGGAAACCAGGGGAGGUGACAGUGCUCAAGGUCACAGAGAGUGAAUGGCCAGCUUUGAACCUUCUAACUUCAGGAACCCCGUAAGGACCAAGACUUGGGCAGUUUAUAGAGAGCCUUGAAUGACAGGACCAAGCAGGUACAUGUUGCAAGUGGACUUCCCACUAGGGAAACAGAGGGACACAGAAAGACCCAGGCCAUCGCCUUCAGCCAUGGCUUGUGAGGCUGGGCCGAAGGCGACCGACAGCACCUUCUCGUCUGACAGACACGCUCAGAUCAUCCUGGCCCAGAUUAACGAGAUGCGGAGUGGACAGGAUUUCUGUGACGUGCAACUGCAGGUGGGAGAGGCCGAGUUCCGUGUGCAUCGGCUGGUGCUGGCUGCCAGCAGCCCCUACUUUGCGGCCCUCUUCACUGGGGGAAUGAAGGAGUCCUGCAAGGACGAGGUGCAGAUCCUGGGCAUCGAAGCAGGAAUUUUCCAGACUCUUCUGGAUUUCAUCUAUACAGGUGUGGUGAACAUAGGGGUGAACAACGUUCAGGAGCUGAUCGUGGCCGCCGACAUGCUGCAGCUGACUGAGGUGGUCGACCUGUGCUGUGAGUUCCUGAAGGGCCAGGUGGAGCCUUCCAACUGCAUCGGCAUCUUCCAGUUCUCGGAGCAGAUCGCCUGCCACGACCUCCGGGAGUUCACGGAGAACUACAUCCACGUGCACUUCUUGGAGGUGAGCGGCGGGGAAGAGUUUUUGGCUCUGACCAAGGAUCAGCUGAUUAAGAUUUUGCGAAGCGAGGAGCUGAGCAUUGAAGAUGAGUACCAGGUAUUCUUGGCCGCCAUGCAGUGGCUUCUGAAGGAUCUGGGCAGGAGGAAGAAGCAUGUGGUGGAAGUACUGGAGCCCGUCCGAUUCCCCCUGCUGCCUUCCCAAAGGCUAGUCAAGUACAUAGAAGGCGUCCCUGACUUCAGCCUCCGAGUGGCCCUGCAGACGCUGUUGAAAGAGUACUGCGAGAUGGGCAAGGCCCCCAAGGAGAACAGGUUCUGUAGUUUUCUGCAGACCUCCAAGGUGCGGCCUCGGAAGAAAGCGAGGAAGUACCUGUAUGCCGUCGGUGGAUACACUCGCUUGCAGGGGGGCCGAUGGAGUGACAGCAGAGCCCUCAGCUGUGUGGAACGCUUUGACACCUUCAGCCAGUACUGGACCACAGUGUCUUCCCUCCACCAGGCCCGCAGUGGCCUGGGAGUAGCGGUAGUUGGAGGGAUGAUCUACGCCAUUGGAGGAGAAAAGGAUUCAAUGAUCUUUGACUGCACGGAGCGCUAUGACCCAGUCACAAAACAGUGGACGACUGUGGCUUCCAUGAACCAGCCCCGCUGUGGCCUGGGAGUGUGCGUGUCUUACGGGGCUAUCUAUGCUCUGGGGGGAUGGGUUGGAGCUGAGAUAGGAAAUUCCAUCGAACGAUUUGAUCCUGAGGAAAAUACCUGGGAAAUCGUGGGCAGCAUGGACGUGCCUCGCUACUACUUUGGCUGUUGUGAGAUCCAAGGCUUGAUCUAUGUGGUUGGCGGUAUCAGCACCGAGGGCAUGGAGCUCUCCUCAGUCGAAGUCUAUAACCCAGUCUCCAAGAGCUGGUCUACGCUCCCUGCCAUGGGCACUAGGAGAGCUUACUUGGGCGUGGCUGCCCUCAACGACUGCAUCUACUCGAUCGGAGGGUGGAACGAGACCGAGGAUAUGCUGCCCACUGUGGAAAAGUACUCCUUUGAGGAGGAGAGGUGGGUUGAAGUUGCAUCUAUGAAAGUGCCCCGAGCUGGUGUGUGUGUGGUGGCCAUAAAUGGACUUCUCUAUGUUUCCGGAGGCCGGUCUCCCAGCCACGAUUUCUCCGCCCCAGUCACCUUGGACUCGGUGGAAGUGUACAACCCUCACUCCGACACAUGGACUGAAAUUGGUAACAUGAUCACCAGUCGGUGUGAAGGGGGCGUGGCAGUGCUGUGACAGGUAGCAGGACAACCUGGGGUCGUGGAAGAGGAUGCUGGGGCCUGGGGCAGGACUGGAGGGAGAGGAAGGCCCGACAUCUGAGUGCAGAGAGGGCUGAGAAGCAGGCUGGAGCACUGCUGUUGAGGGUGUUAGGGGCCUGGUGUGGCUCCUGCAAAGCCCACCCUCACAGAGGUCCUUGUCAGCCAUUCCCACUGUCCUUAUGGGUCCUGCCUCAGGCUUUUUCUCUGCAGUCUAAGAACCCCUUCACACAAUUCUGUUCCCCUGCAAUGAAAGCUAUACCUGCCCCAACUUGGAAAAUUAGGAGAAAAACUGCUUGGCCCUUAAUGCCAGAUAGUGGCUUUCGCUGGCACCAGAUUUAUGGGGAGAGGCUGGUGGGAAAUGGAGACAAUCCUGUCAAGGAGCUCCUAGCAAACUUUUAGUCUGCUGGUUUUUGCUUGGCACCCAUAUUUAAAGAUUCCACGCCAGCCUUCUGAAAUGGAUGCCCUGGGCAGCUGCCCCAGCCGUAAACUGCCAGAGGAGUGUUCACCCACAGAUCAUGCCCGCUUAGCUUUUAGGGAAGGCUGAAACCUCAGGCCUCCAUCCUGCUCUUCCUUCAGCUGUUCCUGAAAGCUUCCACUCUGCUUGCCCAUCAUUCUGGGAAGCUCCCUUAAAAGCACUGCCUCUGAAGGGCUGCCCAGCUUCCUCACGGCCCCAUCCUCUCAUACAUUCACCCUUUGGCCAAGGGUGGAAUCAUGGGAUGGAAGGCUCAGGCUGAGAUUGCUGCUUUGCACCUGCCUUGCCUUUGCCAGCUUCGCCUCCCCUAUUCUCCAGGGCCCAGUACACACUGGAUCCCCUAGGGAUGAAUAGAGCACUUUUGCAGCUUUUUUCAUUUCCUACUGUGGCAUAUUAGGACCCAAAAGCUUCCUUAGUAAACCUUGGCAGAGACACUUUUGGGGUAGAAAUGCCAGUAGAUCACUGCUUCCUCCUCUGGAGAUUGUGACAUUGAUUGAUUGAAGGCACCUGCCUAAUAGGGUUGUUGUGAGCAUCCAGUACGCAUCCAUCUGUGUGUAAAAGCAUUGCAAACUCCAGCUCUUCUUUGCUUCUAAAUAAACACUGGAAAGGCUUGCUUGCAGCGGUAGUUCUGUCUUUUGUGGGCGGGGGUCAGAAGUCAAGGCCUGCGCUCCCUCAGCAUACCACUCAGCACGGGAAAAGUCCUAGUCAUCUGGAGGCUGGCCCUGAAGUCCCCAUAAGAGGUUGUUAACCCUGAGGUUUGGCAGGCUAGGUUUUUCAAGGUGGCACCUAGUGCCUGUUCCAGCCCUCCUCCCUGCUCUCCUGGCCCCAGCCAGUUUUUGCCUUCGUUCUUCCUUCUCAGUACACUUUGGCCUCUUGCCAUGGAGGACUGUUUUGGGAGCAGCUGGGGGGAGGGGCGGGUCAUCAGGGUUUGGCCUGACAACCUUGCCUCAAGACAAAAGUCAAGAGAAUAAGGAAGCCUUUUAAUUAAAACAAUAUAUUGAUAAA